AUGCGAGGAUGGCCUGCAAAAUUAACUUUUAAAGGGGUGGUAGGCACUAUGUUGAGGGAGUUCAUUCCAAAACUAAAUAGUAGGCGACUCGAAUUAUUUCGAGAGACAACAUUUAGGAUCUUCAUUGGUAUGCCCACCCCGAAUGGUGACCCGAUGCUCUUUCAUUUGAUGAUGUUGCACGAGGUUCGUUAUGUGGUGGUAGCCAGGGUGGGAGGUCUCAUAGGACGUGAUACAAAUACGUGCAUUCCAUCGGUAGUUUUUGUGCUCGCCGGUAAUGUAUAUAAUUGGAACAGGUUUGCAUGGAGUGCGUUUUUAUGGAGGUGUAGUGAAAUACAAUUACGACUCUUGUUUAGAAAAAUCCAUAGAUAUUUACGAGAUCAAGCCAAUGUGGGUCCCGUGAAGACGUUAAAGUAUACGGUGACUAGUUUUCACCUCCCGUUAAGUUUGCAUGUGACUCUACAUCCGGAAUUGGAUCCUCCCCCUCAAAGUGAGUAUUGGUGUUGGAAUUGGAAGUGGAACCCUCCACCUGGAAUGGAGCAUCAGAAGGUUGUGAAGGAAUUGGGAAUUCAGAAGCAUUCAAAAUUGGUUGUUCCUGAGAAGUCUCAAUGUUUUUAG